UAGCGUGCUAUGUCUAAUCGCAAUUCGUUUUUGUAUUUCGUUUCUGGGGGAGUAUAGAUCAUUAUCGCCUCCUUGUUUAGAUUUUCGAUAUUUCGAAAUCGUCAUGUUUAUUGUUAUUCCAUUCAAUUCUUUCUAAACUGACACGAUCUAGAUUCACACUGAAUCGUGUCCAAUUCUGAUUCAGCGUGACCUGGGGCUCUUCUGCAAGUGUCUAACAUGCGUUUGUUGCUCGACUAGAUAGUUAGUUUUCGCCGUUCUCUAUUGUAUAAUCUAUUGCAAUUUUCGUAUAUGGAACUUUUUAAACAGAGCCUUGCAUUGAUAUUUAUUGGCAUGUAUUCUGAUUUGUAUUCAUUGAAAGCCAUUGGUCUUUUGAAUUAAGGUUUCUUCGUGGUUGUCUUUUAAGCUGAGUCAAUGAUUUCAAUCGUUAGUUUCACUUGUUGCGAGAUAAUGAUGCUAGUGAAUGAAGUUUACAGGUUUCGCUCUGGUGUCUGUUAGGUUUUUUUAAUUCGUAGAAGAAAGCAAUGGAUCGCAUCACCUUAGAACAAUUGAAUUCGGAGGUUCCUUCCCAUUGACUUUUAGUGUACAUGCCCUGCGAGCGUUUAAAUAUGCUUGGAUUUGAUUGGUUCUUGUACUGAAAAUCUGCCAGAAAAUCCCAUAGGAAGUAAGGCGCAGAGCUAACGAAGGAAAUAUCAACUCAUCUGGAAAAAUGGCACUGCGAUCUGGUUGUAUGUACUCUGAAAUUGAGUCUCAAAUGUGGAGGCAUAAUCGAGCAGUUGCAUUGACAGAUUUAGGCUUUGUUAGUUUUUGUCGUGAAAGACAGUUUUCUGUUGGGAAUGAGGGCUCCAAACAGCUUGAGGCUAUGAGCAUCUAAUAGGGAAACCCAAAUCUUAUUUGUUUCUCAAGGCAAAUCUGUGGACAACGAGAAUCUGGGCGAAUAGAGUUCAAAAGUCACAUCCACUGUCCCCUUACAUCUAAUAUAAACAUUUGAAAAACCCUCUUCACCAAACUGCAAUUUCCAUAGAUGUCUGUGCUAUCAUAUUUCUUUUAAGCAAGUUCUUCUGAUAAUCAAAUUGCACAAGAACGAAAGCAAGAGAUAGGCUUUUAGUGGACUUGGGAAACAUAGAACAGUCCUGACGCUUCUAUUUCAAUUCAAGCAUACUGGGGCUCUAGUGCCUAAUCUGCAAGACAAAGCAAAAUAUGGAAACUCUUUUGAGAAUAUUCAAAUCGGGAUUGCUUGACGGAAGCUAAUUGCAGCAGAUUGAUCAUUAGUUUAAUGAGAAGGGACUUCCAUUGUUUUUUUAGUUGGAUGUCUUGGCUUUCCUUAGAUUAAAUCUAAUUGCAGUUCGUAUAAAUGAGGAGGGCAUGUGCCUGCUGCUUCGCAAGCCAAUCUCCGGACAUCAAUCAUCAGAAUCCCAACAGUGACAAGCCUUCUCAGAGCUUUGUUGUGACCCAGAACAGCACCCAGACGAACAACGCCAGUGAAGCUUCAGGGGCAAUGGAAGAACACCCAACCAAACUAAGUCCUCCACGUGCUGCUAAUAUCUUACUGAAUCAUGACUUCUCAAUGGGACUGCAAUAUUGGCACUCCAAUUGCUGUAAUGGCUAUGUAACUUUGGCCGAGUCAAAUUACCGGGAUGAAUUAUCCAUCAAUUCAUAUGCUAAGUAUGCUGUUGUUACGGAUCGAAACGAAUGCUGGCAGGGACUGGAACAGGAAAUCACUAACAAUAUUUCCCCUGGUAUUACUUAUUCAGUUUCAGCAAGUGUUGGUGUAUCAGGAUCUCUUCAAGGAUCUGCUGAUGUCGUAGCAACUUUAAAGCUACUAUACAAAGAUUCUACUACAAACUAUUUGUGCAUUGGAAGAACUUCUGUGUUGAAAGAGAAGUGGGAGAAGUUGGAGGGGACAUUCUCCUUGUCAACCAUGCCGGACCGUGUUGUAUUCUAUUUGGAAGGGCCUCCUCCGGGUAUUGAUUUGCUCAUACAGUCAGUUGAGAUUACCUGUACUGGUCUAAAUGAAUUGGAGACUGGAAAUGCCAAUGCUUGUAAUGGGAAUCUUAUUCUGAACCCAAAUUUUAAUGAUGACCCUAAAAAUUGGUCUGGAAGAGGAUGCAAGAUUGCUCUGCACGAUUCAAUGUGUAAUGGAAAAGUUCUCCCACAGUCUGGGAAGUUUUUUGCCUCUGCAACCAAACGCACACAGAGCUGGAACGGGAUUCAGCAGGAGAUCACAGGAAGGGUGCAGCGAAAGCUUGCUUAUGAUGUUGCUGCUGUUGUUCGUGUAUCUGGCAACAAUAUCACCACUACUGAUGUACGGGCUACUUUAUGGGUGCAAUCACCAAAUUCUCGUGAACAAUAUAUCGGAAUUGCCAAUGUGCAGGCAACAGACAAGGAUUGGGUACAAUUAAAGGGGAAGUUUCUCUUAAAUGCUUCCCCAUCAAAGGUUGUCAUCUAUAUUGAAGGUCCACCUUCGGGGGUCGAUAUUCUCAUUGAUAGUCUUGUUGUCAAGCAUGCACAAAAGACUCAUCCUUCACCCCCACUUCGUAUUGAGAAUUCAGCCCAUGGAGUCAAUAUCAUUGAGAACAGCAAUCUAAGUAAUAGCACCAAUGGAUGGUUUCCCCUUGGAAGUUGUACACUAAGUGUUGGAACAGGGUCACCACAUAUUGUUCCUCCUAUGGCCAGAGACUCCCUUGGCCCUUCCGAACGUCUAAGUGGUCGCUUCAUUCUCGUGACAAAUCGCACACAAACUUGGAUGGGUCCCGGUCAGAUGAUAACCGAUAAGGUGAAACUCUUUCUCACAUAUCAAGUGUCUGCUUGGGUCAAGAUUGGCUCUGGGGCAACUGGUGCACAAAAUGUCAAUGUUGCUCUCGGAGUGGAUAACCAAUGGGUCAAUGGAGGGCAAGUCGAGAUCAGUGAUGAUCGAUGGCAUGAAAUUGGGGGUUCCUUUAGGAUUGAAAAGCAAGCAGCAAAGAUAAUGGUUUAUAUACAAGGCCCUGCUCCAGGUGUCGACUUAAUGGUUGCCGGACUUCAAAUUUUCCCUGUUGACCGCCAUGCAAGGUUUAGAUAUUUGAGAACGCAGACAGAUAAGAUCCGCAGGCGUGAUAUCACCCUCAAGUUCUCAGGAUCCAGCUCUAGUGGCACAUUUAUAAAAGUCAGACAAACGCAGAACAGUUUUCCUUUUGGGACUUGCAUUAGUAGAACAAACAUUGACCACGAAGAUUUUGUCGAGUUUUUCGUCAAGAAUUUCAACUGGGCUGUGUUUGGAAAUGAGCUCAAGUGGUAUUGGACAGAGCCGCAGCAAGCAAACUUCAACUAUAAGGAUGCUGAUGACUUAUUGGAUUUCUGCAAGAGCCACAACAUAGAGACUCGUGGUCACUGCAUCUUCUGGGAAGUGCAGAGUACAGUACAACAAUGGAUUCAGUCCUUAAACAAGAAUGAUAUGAUGGCUGCUGUUCAAAAUCGCCUUACAGGCCUAUUGACACGCUACAAGGGAAAGUUCAAGCACUAUGAUGUCAACAAUGAGAUGUUGCAUGGAUCGUUCUUUCAAGAUCAUCUUGGCAAAGAUAUCCGAGCAGAUAUGUUUAAGAAUGCUAACAAACUCGAUCCAUCUGCUCUACUAUUUGUGAAUGACUAUCACGUUGAAGAUGGGCGUGACGCGAGGUCUUCUCCAGAGAAGUACAUGGAGCAAAUUCUUCAACUGCAGGAGCAAGGGGCUCCAGUGGGAGGAAUUGGGAUCCAAGGGCAUAUUGAUAGUCCAGUGGGACCAGUUGUUAGAUCUGCUUUAGACAAAUUGGGAAUUCUAGGCCUUCCAAUCUGGUUCACAGAGCUCGACGUGUCGUCCAUAAACGAACACAUUAGAGCCGAUGAUUUGGAAGUGAUGCUUCGAGAAGCUUUUGCUCAUCCAGCAGUAGAAGGUAUAAUGUUAUGGGGAUUCUGGGAGCUGUUUAUGUGCCGGGACAAUUCUCAUUUAGUGAAUGCAGAAGGCGAGAUAAACGAAGCUGGGAAACGAUACAUAGCUCUGAAACACGAAUGGCUUUCGCACGCAAGUGGGCAGAUUGAUGAGAAAAGUGAAUUCAAAUUUAGAGGGUUUCAGGGGACAUAUAACGUGGAGAUUGUCAAUGCCUCCAAGAAGAUCUCAAAGACAUUUGAGGUGGAAAAGGGUGAUACAGCUGUGGUGAUAUCUAUAGAUCUGUGAAAAAACCAAACCACUGGUUGUACUACUACUUCUCCAAAGAUUUGGGGUUAUAAAGCAAAAUGUUCCCUUCCCUAGCUGGCUGUACUACGUCUACGUGAGUUCCAAUCUGUAUUAUUCCCAUUCAAAACUAUAAAAUACACGUGUGUUGUUUACACGUUGGAUGACAGCAUCCUUAAAACCUUAAAUACUGGGCCCAAUUAAGGAAGAAGUAGUGGGCCUGAGUGAGCUAUAUAGGCCCAGGAGAAUGCAGAAAAUGGUAUGUUGCAGGAAGAUAUAAAUAAAUGUUGGAUGGA